AAACAGCUAUCCAUCCAUAGCAAACUACACCUCAAACCACCUGCCGACAAACGAUUCUCUUUUUGCCAUCCCGUUCUCAAUUCUAUUUCGUUCUCCAGCAGACUCAAGCGACCAAUGUGUUGGUAUGGUGGAUGUCGUUAUCAAUUAACCUUCUGGCUCGCUCUCCUAGUUCGGUGCAGUUCAGUAAUAAUGCGACCAUUCAAGAGCGAUUUUUAGAUAGAUAGCGCGAAAUAUAUUACCGCAAUGAAGCCAAAGAAGUUCAAUCUGAACCAUCACGAUUUGGAAACCAUCGUCAAACGGUAUUACCAAAAUCCAAAACUCCACUUCCGGAUCCAAUCGUCGGAAGUGUCGCACUUCAGCACCAAUCGAGUGGGAUACCUCGGAGAUCAUUUCUUCCUCAAGCUGAAAGUGAUCCUCGAAGACGAAGAAAACCGCGAAGAUGUGAUGAAUUUGUUCUUCAAAGUUCUGCCGACGGCCAUCCCCGCGCUUACCAGCUAUCUGGAAGCCAGCGGAACGUCCCGAAAGGAGACGCGCCUCUACGGUGACCUGUUCGCUCGGAUGGCCCAAUUCACACGAUUUGCUCCGAAGGCGUAUCUGACGAAAGAUGAUCGAUUGUUGGUGUUGGAAAAUUUGGCACUCGAAGGUUAUCGAUCCGUAGCCGGCGCUGAUAUGGGAAUUUUCGAUAAGGCACAUCUGGAGCAAGCGUUGAAGGCACUGGCCAGAUUUCACUGCGCUUCGCGGAUGCUGGAAACGAAAACGGGACGCACUUUACCGGAGUUAUGCCCGGGGGCAUUGGAUGAGAACUGCUGGGUCCUGAAAGAUAACAACCCUCGAGUGGAAGAGUUGGAAAAUGCCAUUCAAGUUUUGUGUGAGCUGGUAAAAGUCGUUGAAAAGGGUAACCCAAAACUUCCCGAAAUUCUUAAUAAAUUGCCCCAAUUCAUUCUGCAAAUCUACGACCUGGUGAAGCCUUCCGAUAAAUACCGAAACGUAUCCAGUCACGGCGAUCUGUGGGGAAGCAAUCUGCUGUUCAAAUAUUCCAAAGCGUCAAUCCCUGAGGAUUGUUUGAUCGUAGACUUUCAAUUCGCACGCUACGCACCGCCAGCUUACGAUGUGAACAUGCUGAUAACACUUACGACCACUGGCGAAUUUCGAAAGCUGCACUACAACCAGUUGAUUGACUUUUAUUACGGAACCGUGAAGCAGAUCUUCAUCGCCAGCUGUCUGUCACCGGAGGAAAUUUUCCCGGAGCGACCGUUUCGGGAAUCCUGCGAGCGCUAUAAGGUUUCCGGGGUUAUCGACAAUUUCCUCAUGAAUCACGUCACGCUGUUGCCCAGAAACUGCGUGGAUCGGAUCUUUUCAUCGCCAGAAGAGUAUAACAAUUUUAGCGGAGAGGACAAAAUUCGCAUGUGUCUCGGAGUUUUGGAUACUGAUUCCAAAUAUAGGAGUAGGAUUACAGGGAUCAUUAGGGAUCUUAUUGAAAUGCUGUGAUUUCAAAUUCUAGUAACAAAUGAUUUGUUGAUCAAUAGAUCUUAUUGUGCAGAAAAGUUCUACCCAUUCCUAGAAACAUUCCGUGAUAGAUAUAAGAAAUUUUGAUAUUGUAAAAUCAAUAAAGGUACAACUAGUGAGAGAAGUA